AUCAUAGCCAUUUUUAAAAAAAUCUCAAUCGCGUCUGUGUUCAUUAUUUAAAUUGUUUGGUUAUACAUACCACUUGUAUAGAACGAGUUAAAUUAUCUACAGUAACUUAGACUAAAAAUUAAAAAAAAAAGCAUAACGCUAUGAAUUUCGAAGUAUUUUGUUUUAUUUUAUCACUCUUAAUUAGCGUGGCAUUAAUAUUUCUUGUUAUAUGGAAUGUAAUUGCUUUUGAUGACUUAAGGACAGACUACAAAAAUCCAAUUGAUCUUUGCAAAACUCUUAAUCCACUAGUUCUUCCAGAAUAUGCUCUUCAUGCCUUUUUAACAACACUCUUUUUGUUUGGUGGCUUUUGGGUUAUGUUUAUUUUCAAUAUUCCACUUUUGGCCUAUCAUGUUCACAGGUAUUUGUCACGCCCUGUAAUGAGUAAUUUUGGCAUUUACGAUCCGACUGAAGUAAUGAACUCAUCAGAAUUAAAUCGCUGUCAACGAGAGGGUUGGGUCAAGUUGGCAUUUUUCCUUAUAAGUUUUUUCAUAUACUUAUAUAGAAUGCUAUAUGCUCUUUUAUCUUAAACAUCAAUCGAGCGUCUGGUUUAGUUGUUUCUAUCAUUGUAAAAUAUUUGGAAAUCCUUGUGUCCAUUGGCAACCUUAGAUUUUUAAAAUAGAAUUCUUAAAUUUAAUUGUUUUAUAUUUAUGCUAAAAAUUUAUUUGUUUCA